UCAAAUAGGUGCUGCAUUCUACUGGCAGAAAAAAUACAACAUGAAUCAGCUGUUUUCUGCUUCUGCUCCAAAAAUAGUGGAUGAUGUUUGGACUGUCAUGCCAUGUGUCUGCUGCAAAUUGUUUCAUGUUCUUAAGGUUAUAAAUUACAUUGUGUUAUUACAUAUUAUUCCUUAACUAACAAUGUUAUUAUUAAUAUUUGUAGUUUUUGUAUAACUUGAAUUGCUGAAAUAGGAGUGACUUAGAUGAAAAAGCAACAUUGAUUUCAGUUUAACCUGUGCUGGUUGUGUGCAUUUGUUUACAUUUCUCUCCUUCACUAAAACACUUGAUUUAAAGUAAAUAUUCAUUUUGUAACCAUAAUCUUGCUUAGAGGUGCAUGUAAAGGUCUAAUAACCGUUUUAGAAAACAACUUUUGUGUGACUCUACAAUUACACAACCUAAAAAUAUCUACUGUAGGCAUUCCCUUUUAGACUAUAAUAAUAUGUGUAUUCAAAUAUUGUUCUGCAGACAUUUUAUCUAUAUUUCCUCCUUUAUGGAUGAUAGUGACAAGCACCCUACUCCUGAUCCAAUGGCUGAUACAGUAAAGAAAAUGCAGAGGCUCAACAACUGGGCAGGAAAAUGUGAGAUAUGAGAAAGAAUGGAAUAAGGUUCAGCAUCAAACACCUCAUAAUCAAGGUAAAGAGUAAAGUUCACUAAAAGAAGAAGGUACAACUGUACAAUCAUAAUUGUUGCUUCAAGUGCAACAAUUAUGUGAAGGAGCAAAAUAUGUCAAGAAAUUUUUGACAAUUAUUGGGGCUUGGUAAAUACAGUUUGAAGUUUUCUUUCUUAAAAUCAUCAAUAACUCUAAAGGAUCCAAAAAGGAGAGCCUGUUCAGAAAAUUCGGUUGUGCUAAUGAACUUGCAGGCCAUACAGUUUGUAAGAAGUUUUUCAUCAAAAUAUUGGGUGAAACACUGAAGCGAACCCAACACAUUAUCAACAGGAAAAUACAGUCAGCAAGUGGGAUAUCUCCUACAGAUAAAACAGCUCACAAAACGUCUGGAAAUAAAUUCCCAAAAAUUUCAUUUAAGUUUGCAUAGACCACUCACAGACACAUGUAUCACUGAUAAAUUACAGAUAACUACUGAGCAUGGUAAUGCAGAUGCUCAAAAAAUAGCAAGGCAGAAGCUGACAUAAAAGAAAAACAUAAAAUCAGUGAGAUCGUUAGAAAGGAUUCAAGCCAUAUUGCAAUCUGUUUUGACUUGCAAAAAAUGCUUCCAAUGCUAGUCUUCAGUAGCUCCAGAGCUCAAUAUGCCUGUUAAAGCUAACUUCAAUUUCUUCCUUGAAUUAUUAUUAAUUUACUGCUAUUAUAUACACUGUCAUAUUUUGUAAUUUGCUUUUUUAUUAUUUUUGUGUAUUUCUGUGUAUUCAGAAGAGUCAUUUUUAUCACAAAAUUCUGGCUUUUUUGCUGUCUGCAAACACAAAUAUUCAAACUGUAGAUAACAAAUUUCUAAUUUCUGGACGUUGGUUUAUGGAGUAUGAUCAAAACUUUCAAUUAACAGAAAAAGCAAAGACAAUUACUGACAAGAAACAAGACGGAUAUGGCGGAUAGUAUGAUGAGUUGUACUAACAGUGCUGCUGUUUUUGUCGACAACAGUGGGGUACCGAGUGAUAUUUUGUGUAUCUGUUGUGCGGAAUUGGAGUUGGAAAGGACUAGGAUUGAGCUGAGAGCAACGGAAAAUGUAAGUGAUAAACUAGAAACAAACUGUAAAAAUUGCACUAAUUUGAACAAGGAACUACAAAAAGCAAAGGAGGAAAUACAAUCUUAUAAAGAAAUUAUGAAAGUGCCUCGAGCCGAGUUAGGUGAUAACGUGAGACUAAAUAAACCAAGUGAACUGGAACGAAACAAUAAUUAUUGUGAUCAAGCUGAAACCUUAUUAAUGGAAGAAGACUGGGAAUUAGUAAUAGACAAAAAGAAAAGAAAUCUGGAUGUAUUAAAUAGAAAUUUAAUACAAAUUAUACCCACAAAAGUGAAUAAACCUGAUUCGAAACAUAACCUCAAAGAUUAUGAAAAACGAACCAAUAUGAGAACGAAGGAACUCGGAGCAAAAAACGGAAUGAAUCAUACCUUGACAAAAGAGAAACUUAAAUAUGAAGAAAGUCAAAGAACACACAAACUUAAAAUACGGACAAUUGGCGAUAGCCAUGUGAAAAAAAGUGCAGCUGAACUUCGCAUGAUUUUGGAUCAUAGAUAUAUUAUGGGAAUUACCAAACCAGGUGCCUUGAUGAAUAUUUCGACAAUGGCUACAGAUGAAGUUGCUUCACUAAGUAAUAAGGACAUCCUGAUCUUAUGGGUCGGGGCAAAUGAUAUUAGUAAAAAUAAUACAAAUGAAGCACUUAAGUACUUAACGAAGUUUAUGGAAGAACAUAAAAGGACUAAUAAUAUCAUUCUAAUCCACUCACUACAUAGAUAUGAUCUUACAACUAUCUCCUGUGUAAAUAAAGAGGUAGUGAAAUUCAAUAGGCAAGUAAAGAAAAUAAGCAAACUGAAUCCAAACGUGAAACUAAUGGAAACGGAUCUACAAAGAAAACACUUUACGAGGCAUGGACAACAUCUAAAUCAAUGGGGCAAAGAGUUAGUUGCCUCAGAGCUGGCAAAGAUAAUCAACUCUUAACUAAGUCAAAAACAAAUCCUAUCCAAAUGCAAUGGAAGAAGUGGUGUUAUCGAAUAAUUGUAAAAAAGACUGUAAAAUUAAAUAAGUGUCAAGGUGAAAAAAUAGAGGCUAAUACCAAGAGCUCUAUGAGAUCUAGAAAAAACCCAGCAACAAAAUCAAAUGAUUUUUUUAUGGUAAAACCACUUAAUAAGUGUAAAACAAAAACCACGAAAAAUAACAUUGUAAAAAUAUUUCACCAAAACAUACGUGGUUUAAGAAAUAAGUACAAUGAAAUAUUAUGUCAUUUACAAGAGUAUACACCACAAGUAAUCUGUUUCACUGAACAUCAUCUUGGUAGAGAUUAAAUAGUUCAUAUUAAACUGACAAAUUAUACUCUAGGUGCAUAUUACAGUAGGAACAAUUUUAAUAAUGGUGGUACGUAUAUAUAUGUGCAUGAUAGUUUAACAACUCAUACUAUUAAUCUUGAUAAAUUUUGUUGUGAUAAGGAUAUUGAAGCCUGUGCUGUCACUUUAAAUACUAUAAAUUUUAAAAUAAUUAUUUUAACUAUAUAUAGAUCCCCUUCCAGUGAUUAUAAAAUAUUUUUGAGUAAACUUGAAUUAAUUCUACAAAAUUUGUAUAAAAAAUGUUAUUAUUAUUGUUUGUGGGGAUUUUAAUGUGAAUUAUAUAGAAAACUCUCAUAAGAAAACCAGAGUUGAAGAUAUUUUUAGCUCCUUCAAUCUUAGAAGUAUUAUUACCUUUCCUACUAGAAUAGGACCAAAUUCGUCCACAAUUAUUGAUAAUAUGUUUAUUGACGAACAACAUAUUACUGACUAUGAAGUUCUCUCUAUCUCUAAUGGAUUAUCGGAUCAUGAAGCACAAUUACUAAUUGCACAAUUUCCAUUACCUUGUAUCAUAAAGAAUGAAAUUAUAGCUAAAAGAAAUAUAAAUGAUUAUAAUUUGGCAGAAUUUACAAUGAAACUAAGUUAUGAAAAAUGGGAACUAGUUUAUAACAAUAAUGACAUUAAUACUAGCUUUAAUCAUUUUCUAAAUAUUUUGUUGAGACAUUUUUUAUGAGUCGUUCCCAAUAACAAGUAGACAAAAAUACAAACAGAAACCAUGGAUUACCACUGGUAUAAGAAUUUCUUGUAGAAACAAAAGAACAAUAUAUCUUGAAGCAAAAAAAA